UGGACUCUUUACUGAUGUCCGGCGUGUUUCUGCACGGAUGUGGUUAGAUUUAGUUCGAAACAGGAAACACACAGGUUCAAUGUGCUCUCCCAUUAGUCCUUCAAAUUACUUUUUCAUCAGAAUGGAAGUGGACUGAGGGCUCGCUCAAGGACAUGAUUGAAGCCAAUAGCCAGCAAGGAGCUCUCCUUGCCAUCGCUUCCUUGGCCUGCCUUUGUUGUAUUUAUUCGCUUUGUAUGUGUCGUAAAAAUAAAUCUAGAGUAAUACAAGAGGACAACAUCGUGUAUGACCAAGACGUAUUCAAUCAAGAUCACAGCACAUAUGCUGAAAGACCAGUUAAGAAACCAAACCAGAUGUCUAAAGAGAGUUCUUCCACCUCAAGGCUAUCGACAUCUAUGUUAAAUAGGACUCCAAAUAGUCAUAGCCGUUAUCAGAACUAUCCAAAUGAUGGCAGCUUUGAACCGACAUACGUGGACCCAAUUCCAGGAAACCAUUACGUAAAUGAAGACGACCCAGAUACGGAUCCGGGAUCAUAUGAGAAUGUAUUUCCAACACAAGUUAUUCAACAUGACUCAGAUAGCUGCGAUUAUGAAAAUGCUGAAUUUCUGAAUAACAAAUCUGAUGAAGAUGAAUCAGAAUAUGUGAACGCUUCCACAGAGUGACAAUGAAUACUUUUUGUAUCACGGAAUGAAUGCUGCCAAAAAACAAGACUGUAGCUGAAAUUAGACUCCAGCGGAGUUUAAGUUAAAUAAUUGGCACACACAUUUAUGAUUUAAUACAUGUAGUAAUAGAAAGAGUUUUGAUCAUAUUUGUAUUUUGAGACAAAUUUAAUAAUAGCAUGGCUCUGUGUAGACACUUUCCAUCAAUAAAUAUUAAGGUUCAAACCAGCUUCAAUGAACAUUGUAA